AUGUUUUCCAAGACCCUCGUCACCCUCGUCCUCGCCGCGGCCUCCGCCCUCGCGACCCCACUCUCGGCCCGCCAGUCCGCCCCGCCGCCGACCUCCUUCGCCCCCUCGGCGACCUUCGUCUACAACACCCGCAACGGCGCCAUCUACCCCUCCAACUACGGCGGCGUCGCCGCCGCUGGCAAGAAGUGCCAGCUCUGGUUCCUCCUCGACGGGCCCACCUCGGGCGUCUCGGACAGCCGCAAGCUCGACGUCUUCACCUCGACCAAGCCGGCUCCCGCCGGCGGCCCCGGCAACCAGCGCGACGCGAACCUCGGGCGCUGGUCCCUCCCCGCCGCCGCCGCUGGAGGCUGGGCGACCUGGGACGCGACGUACGGCGCCUACCUGACGGCGCCGACGGACUGCAAGGCGCCCGGAACCGUCGAGGGCUUCGAGCUCGUGGGCGUCUACGACAACGACUACGUCUCGUGGGACGCGCAGCUCUCGGGCGCGAGGAUCGCCUACUUUUGA